GGAGGUUCAAGAUCAAUGACGCCUUCUGAAUGUCAGGGGCAACUGCGUUGCUCACCAGGUGGUGGGGGCCUCUUUCUUGAAGCAUUUCAGGAGCUCUCUGAGGAACGGGCUUCAGUGGCCUUUGAGAAGUAUUUAGGAAGCACAGACUACCCUGCUAGAAAGAAAGACCUUUUCCUGGACUUGUGGGAAGAUGUCAUGUUUGCUGUCCCUUCUGUGAUGGUGGCCCGUGGGCACAGAGAUGCCAGAGCCCCCACCUACAUGCAUGAGUUUGAGUACAGCCCGAGCUGCUUAUCAGACGUGAGACCCAGCAUGGUGACAGGAGACCACGGGGAUGAGCUCUUCUCGGUAUUUGGAGCCCCAUUUUUAAAAGGGGGCGCCUCAGAAGAGGAGACCAAGCUCAGCAGGAUGGUGAUGAGAUUCUGGGCCAACUUUGCUCGCCAUGGGAACCCCAAUGGAGCCGGGCUGCCCCUCUGGCCAGAGUACGACCAGGAGGAAGGGUACCUGCAGAUUGGCGCCACCACCCAGGCAGCCACGCGGCUGAAAGACAAGGAAGUGGCUUUCUGGACUGAGCUCAGGGCCAGGGAGGCCUCAAGGAAACCUCCCCAGAGAGAACAUGGGGAGCUGUGACGGGAGGCUGAGCCAGCCUGGGGAUUCUGGAGCAGAGGACAGGGGUGCGCAGGCCACAGAGGAGUCCUAACGUGGAGGCUGGGGAACUGUGGGGUGGGGUGGCAGAGGCCUGGGUGGGGAAGGUUUGCACUGUGGCCUCAACUUGGAGAAUAAAUGAUUUUC